AUGGUUGAGAGGAUUACAGUUCACAAAGCAGGAGAAAUUAAUGAAGCAGAGACCACCCUUUCUUUUUGCUUUUUCCCAGAACGCUGUGAUGACUGGGGACUAGAUACCAUGAGACAAAUUCAAGUGUUUGAAGAUGAGCCAGCUCGCAUCAAGUGUCCCCUCUUUGAACACUUCCUGAAGUACAACUAUAGCACUGCCCAUUCCUCUGGCCUUACCCUGAUAUGGUACUGGACCAGGCAAGACCGGGACCUGGAGGAGCCCAUUAACUUCCGCCUCCCAGAGAAUCGCAUCAGUAAGGAGAAAGAUGUGCUCUGGUUCCGGCCCACCCUCCUCAAUGACACGGGGAAUUACACCUGCAUGCUGAGGAACACAACUUACUGCAGCAAAGUUGCAUUUCCCCUGGAAGUUGUUCAGAAGGACAACUGUUUCAAUUCCCCCAUGAGCCUCCCAGUGCACAGAGUAUAUGUUGAACAUGGGAUGCAUAUGAUCACAUGUCCAAAUGUAGAUGGCUACUUUCCUUCCAAUGUCCAACCAUCGGUUACUUGGUAUAAGGGUUGUACUGAAGUAGUGGAUUUUCCUAACGUAAUGGCCAAGGGCAUGAACUUGAGCUUUUACGUCCCCUUGGUUUCAAAUAAUGGAAAUUACACAUGUGUGGUUACAUAUCCUGAAAGUGGACGCCUCUUUAACCUCACCAGGACUAUGACUGUAAAGGUGGUAGGCUCACCGAAGGAUGCAUUACCACCCCAGAUCUAUUCUCCUAAUGACCGCGUUGCCUAUGAGAAAGAACCAGGAGAGGAGCUGGUUAUCCCCUGUAAAGUCUAUUUCAGUUUCAUUAUGGACUCCCAUAAUGAGAUCUGGUGGACCAUUGAUGGAAAGAAGCCUGAUGACGUCACUGCUGACAUCACUAUUAACGAAAGUGUAAGUUAUUCUCCAACAGAAGAUGAAACAAGGACUCAGAUUUUGAGCAUCAAGAAAGUCACCCCUGAGGAUCUCAGGCGCAACUAUGUCUGUCAUGCUCGAAAUACCAAAGGGGAAGCUGAGCAAGCAGCCAAGGUGAAACAGAAAGGUAAUGGAUGCACCCAGCCGAUGCCUCUGUGAACUCUCAAAAUAACACAGUGCUGAAUAGGAAAUAAAAGAGAGAAUUCCUGCACCCACAUUGGACACAAAACAAUGAGUCAGUUAAAUGAAAAAUCUUAAGAAAAAGUUUGUGAUAAUGCUCAGUAUGUUGGUUCUGAUACUAUCAACACCUUUCUGUCUAAAUGUUGCUUGAAAAAAAAAUCCUUGAAUACAUGAAUACCAUAAUAAAACACAAUUUCUUAUCUAAGAUAAUCAUGAAAAAAUAAAAAUAUUCCAAGUGAACAAAGAUGUAACAGAAUUGCUAGAGUCACGUAUGUUCGGUAAAACACAAAGAUACCUCAGAAGUAACUGAAAGCAGGAUUCAAGAGUCACAAAAAUGAUUGUGCCAUGUGACCUCAUCCUUUGGGAAUUUUUCCUGAAUUAUGCACCCACGGCUAUUCUUAGAAGUAUAUAAGAGAUUGAAACAUAAUUAGCAGCCAUGUAUUUGUGUAGAAGAAGUUAAGGAGGGCAGAGAAUGUUAGCAUUAGUUAAUUAACAUUAAUUCUCAUAAAAUUUCAAAUUCACAUUUUAAACAUGUAUCAAUAUUUAGGCAGUUUUAUAAUGUUAUAAUUGAUAAAAUAAAACUUACUAAAAUAUGAUUUAGCUUGAUGUUAUAAAAAUUACUAUGUUAACAUCUGUAUUUUCUAUAAUAAAGAAAUAUUAUAAAUCGUU